GCCCCGGGGGCGGUUCUGGCGAGACCCACUGGCCGGGAGCAAAGCGCACAGCCGGGUGGACUGAGGGGCGGCGGCGGCCCCAGAGCAGCGGAAGUUUUGGCGACCGCUGGCACUACUACGAUCGGGAGCCAGGCUGAAGCUCGGAGGACCAGCGAGCGCGCGGACCGGUUUACGGACGCCCGUGGGCCCGCUGCCACCAUCUCGCGUCCUCUUGCCUGGAAAAACAUUUAAACUUUUAAAAUGUCAUCUAUCAAGCACUUAGUUUAUGCAGUUAUUCGUUUCUUACGGGAACAAAGUCAGAUGGAUGCUUAUACUUCGGAUGAACAAGAAAGUUUGGAAGUUGCAAUUCAGUGCUUGGAGACAGUUUUUAAAAUCAGCUCAGAAGAUACUCAUCUUGCAGUUUCACAGCCUUUGACAGAAAUGUUCAGCAAUUCCUUCUGUAAGAAUGAUAUUUUGCCUCUCUCAAACUCAGUGCCUGAAGACGUGGGAAAAGCUGACCAAUUAAAAGAUGAAGGCAAUAACCACAUGAAAGAAGAAAAUUAUGCUGCUGCCGUGGAUUGUUACACACAGGCGAUAGAACUGGAUCCAAAUAAUGCAGUUUAUUAUUGCAACAGGGCUGCUGCUCAGAGUAAAUUAGGUCACUACACAGAUGCAAUAAAGGAUUGUGAGAAAGCAAUAGCAAUCGAUUCAAAGUACAGCAAGGCCUAUGGGAGAAUGGGACUGGCCCUCACUGCCAUAAAUAAAUUUGAAGAAGCAGUUACAAGUUAUCAAAAGGCAUUAGAUCUUGACCCUGAAAAUGAUUCUUACAAGUCAAAUCUGAAAAUAGCAGAACAGAAGUUAAGAGAGGUAUCUAGUCCUACAGGAACUGGAUUGAGCUUUGACAUGGCUAGCUUAAUAAAUAAUCCAGCCUUCAUUAGUAUGGCAGCAAGUUUAAUGCAGAAUCCUCAAGUUCAGCAGCUAAUGUCAGGAAUGAUGACAAAUGCCAUUGGGGGACCUGCUGCUGGAGUUGGAGGCCUAACUGACCUGUCUAGCCUCAUCCAAGCGGGACAGCAGUUUGCUCAGCAGAUACAGCAACAGAACCCUGAACUUAUAGAGCAACUUAGAAAUCACAUCCGGAGCAGAUCAUUCAGCAGCAGUACUGAAGAACAUUCCUGACUUGACCAGGGACCCUAGCCCAGAGCACAAAUGAUUAUGGCUCUUAAAUGUUUGCUGUAGAUAGUGGCCAAAACAAAGACACCUAAAGAAUCAAUCUGUCUAGAUGAUAGGUUUAUCAUAAACAGACUUGAACAUGACUCCUUUGUAAACGAUCAUUAGCCCUGUUGAGUGCUAGUAUAGUACUGAACAGGGUUCCAUUUUCAAAUCAAAUCAUCAUCAUCAUAUUUGUAUAUUAGACCUAAUAGCAGAGUAUAUUUAUUGAACAGUAGCGCUGUGUAUUGGCAAGUUCUCUAGCUCCAAACUCCCUUAAGCAGACUUUUUUGAAAGAUGGGGAUGACCAAGAGGAAAGGUUUCUCAUGCUGAUUCAGGAGAAAUAUACGGCCAUGGAACAGCAUGUUUGGAGAGAAGAAAUUUGUUGCCUAGUUUUAGCUCUGAUAGUGCUAUCAGUACUGAAUAUCUAUCACAGGGGCCAGUACUGUCCUUAAUGCUGCUUGCUCUGAUGGGCAACAAGGAAUACUAAGAGCUGGUGAGAAGCAGCAUUUGGUGCAAGGGUUGUUUUGAAAUGAAAAAUAGAUGCUGUGAAUGUACAGAAGGUGAAAGUAGGAUGUUCAGGUUGUUUGCAUAGUUCUUAAUCAAUCUUGCCUGCAGUUUGAUCUUGAUAACAUUAGCAUGGCCAAUUACUCUAAGUACAUAAUCAAAUACAUUUAGAAAUCCUUAAUGGUACUGGUUAGGUCCAUUGUAUAACUAUUCAAUUUAACUAGCACAAUUUCCCCAAUCGUGACCUUACCAUGGAAACUCUUAAAUAUAUUUACAUUUAAAUAAGCCAGUGGUUUGAUUCUCAAGUUAAGGAUUUUCUAAGUGGCAUUUAAUUAUGUACCUAUAAAUACUGAUUUUUUAAAACUAAUUAUUUGAUGGAUUAUAAAAAGCUUCUAUCACUAACAUUGCUUGUUCAUAUAAACCUUUGCUAUAAUUUGGCUUGGCAUGUUGCUUUUAUGCUUCAUCUUAAUUUGAUGCAAUGUGAACAUAACAGGGGACUUAAAAUAUUUUAUUGACAUCAGAUCAUAGUAGUUAAUGAAGAGAUAUGGCAUUAAGUAUUAAUGGCAUGACUCUACAGUGAUGAGAGACCACUUUAACUAGAAUUUUUGUUAAUUAUGAAAUUGGUAAAGUUGGGUGAACACAUAAUCAUUUCACGAGUGUUGUGAGAGAAAACUGAAAAGUUAAGUAAUAUAAAAUUAACUCAGUAAUACUCAUGAUGAUGAAGGCCUUACUAUAACUGUUCUCCUCAAAAGACUAAUAAUGUGGUAUCUACAAGGUUAAAAAUCAACUCUUCCUUUCUUUCCUCUUGUGAGAUUAGAACAGUGGUUCUGUAAUUUCACUGUAAGAAUUAAAAAUGCAGAUCCAGA